CUAGUAGUACUGCUUCAUUUCACUAUUUUCACUCUCUUCCCAGUGUGAAGGCCCUUUCUUCCGCCAACCUCUCUUUCUCUCUAUUAUCUUAGUCAUAUAUCUCUCUAUCAACAAACGAACUUUGUACUAGAUGAAGAUCCAGUGCGACGUUUGUAGUAAAGAAGAAGCGUCCGUGUUCUGCACCGCCGACGAGGCAGCUCUCUGUGACGCUUGUGACCACAGUGUUCACCACGCUAACAAGCUUGCCUCCAAACACCACCGUUUUUGCCUUCUCCAUCCUUCCUCUAAAAGUUUCCCUAUAUGCGAUGUCUGUCAGGAAAAACGAGCUUUCGUGUUUUGUCAACAAGAUAGAGCGAUUCUUUGCAGAGAUUGUGAUGUUCCAAUUCACAAAGCUAACGAGCAUACCCAAAAGCACAAUAGGUUCCUUCUCACAGGGGUCAAACUCUCUGCCACCUCUGUAAUUUAUAUGCCCUCCUCCUCUUCCUCUGUACCUAGCGGCUGUGAUCUUGUUCCUGAUUCCAAGUCUCAGCAACAGCAAUCAGCCAAGAAACCCUCAAAUUCUAACCCACCUUCUUCAACUUUUAAGACCUUAUCACCAAACUCAACAUUAAGCAAAACCUCACCUUCUUCUAACACAGUCGUGAAUAAAAGUGGGGAUAAUUCGGUAAUAAAUAAUGAAGGAAUUGGCUCAGUUAGCAGUAUAUCAGAAUACUUGAUGGAGACGCUGCCUGGAUGGCACGUUGAUGACUUUCUGGAUUUCCCCUCUAUUCCUUUUGGUUUCUGUAAGCCUGAUGAUGAGAUACUACCAGUUGGUGGAGGUGAUCUUGGGGACGUUACUAAUCCUUUCUCGUCGGAGAUGGGGAUUUGGGUCCCUCAAGCGCCAAUUCCUCCGCACCCAUCUCAACAUUAUCAACAAAUGGUCUCACAGGUUGGAUUUAAGGAAACAAAAGAGGCUACGAACACGAAACCUAACAACAGAAGAUGGAGUGAUGAUGCAUUUACUGUUCCACAAGUCAGUCCUCCAUCAAUUGGCUCCAAGAGAUCCCGGUCUUUCUGGUCCCUCCCUCUCGAAGGCCAAAAGAAUGUAUUUGCUGGAAAAAGAGAGCGAACCCACCUUAUGCAAGAAGGGCACGAGCUGUGGACAAUGUUGUCUAGGAAUCAGGGAAAGGAAUGGCGAAGAGACAGGCUUCCUCAGUUUUAGUAAACUAGAUGAGAAGUACUUGUAGUAGGGUCAAUUAUCAGUGCCAAUAUUCAGUUUCAGGUCACAUACAAUACAAUGACAUCCAUCGUUUUCUCAA